AUGGAACCGUUAGAGUUAAAAUCCGAUCAAUGGCUAGGUAUCCACCUUGACAGUGAUACUUAUGCACCAGGCGACACCAUCACCGGUUAUGUCUACCGAGAAAGAUCUAUUUCGACCCCAGACGCCAUUAUAUCAUGCUGUCUACACGGAGGAGCCAAAGUUAUUUUCGAUCGCGAUGCAAGAGAUGUUUCACAAUUCAGCUUACUCGCAUGUCGUGGAGAGCCUGAUAUAAUUCACCGCGGGCCACUUCAUAUUCGCAAGAGAACCAGUCAGCAGUGGCCUUUUAGCCUAAAUGUCCCUACUUAUGCAGACUCGACAUUAAACACAGGAAAUACAUCUACCGCUUGCACGCCCGUGGGAGCAACAGAUCAUCAGCUACCGCCCACAUAUCAACUUUCUUUGGAUAACGUCGUUAACAUAUUUGUUGAGUACUUUGUGGUCGUGAACUUCAUGUUUGAAGGAUUUGGGACUCAGAUGAUAAAAUCUUUGCACCCCUUCAAACUGGUACAAUACUCUCCAAAUCCGCCCAUUGCAGACUUUGGAAUCAGGGUAUGCCGAUAUCCAAAAAGCAUGACCAGCACCCGUUUGAUCCCCGGAAUGCAAGAAGGAAGAUCAUCGUUGCUUGGCUGGACGAAAAGGUCAUUGAGUCGACUCGAUGAUCCAACAUUCACGUAUGAACUGAUAUUUGGGUUUCCUACCAAGAUUCAGAUGGAUAACCCGACACCAAUACCAUUGCAGCUUGUUGUUAUUCCCAAUUGGGAAACGACCAGUGAGAUCAUACAGAAUGUGCCGCAGCAAUUCAAAUUACUCUCUAUGAAAGUUCUACUGGUCACAUGCACCAAGGUCAUGACCAAAUCGGGCAGAGAGAAGUGCUAUACAAGACCCGUCGACCUUUGUAUUUCAAAAGCUUUAGACCGGUUACAGAAAGAAGUACUGAUCCCCUGUGACAGUGACUGGGAUCCAAUUGAUAUCGGAGAAAUGACAAAUCUUCGUGUUGGAUUAAGACAAUUUGGGUUCCACACUAUGUCGACUGGUGAGAAGUGUACGCCGUCGUUUCGGACGUACAACAUGACUGUAACUCACAGGCUACAGUGGAAAAUAGAGGCCAAAGUCGCAGGCCAAACAGUCACCAUUGAGGGACAGGCAAAUGUGCUUGUGCUGAGGUCUAGUGACGAACGGGAGCAUAGUACACAGGGCCAAGAUGCCUAUGAGAUAGGCAGGAGUUUGGACAUGGGGGUUGGAUCAUCUGAAGUUGAGGAAGAUGAGUCGUGGAUAAGACCACCACCAGAAAAUGAUGCACCACCAUCGUUUGCCGAUGCAACUGUUAUGGAUAGGAUCAUAGAAACAAGGCGCUAA